UUGUUGCAACAACCAGAAUGGCAUCGCUGCUGUGAUGCCAUGUGGGGUGGACCAGGAUGUGAUGGUACUUGGGUAGGAGGCCCCGAUGGUUGGAGUGAAAACUGGAACCAGUGGGGCUGGGCCGAUGGGCCCAAGAAUCCAUAUGGAAAUUCUUGGCCUCCGGGCCCUCCUGGCCCUCCUGGCCCAGGAGUGCCACAGAAGGCUGCACCGAUUGCCAACAUACCGCCAAUCAAAGAUGUGGCCUCAUUGGUGUCGCCGCGUCUCUUUACAGGUGCCAGUGCUGACAAGCAGGGCACAGUCACCAACGGUGGAACAGGACCAGCAGCCAGCAGCCAGAGCAGUUUGGACUCGGCUGCCUUGUUGGCAUACCAGCAGAUGCAACAGCAGGAAUAUGGCGAUGACGGUCCCUUUGGAGGACUGCCCAUGGCGGAUGACAUCUCCACCGAGGUGAAAAACUUGGUGACCCGCUUCGACAUCAGAGACAAAAAGAUCGAGCUCCGCCUCAUUGAGGCCCUGAAGCAUCGAGGGGAUCGAUGGGUCGCAGAUAUCCAGGACUACCGCAGUUGUUUGUCCAGAGCGCGGAAUCCUGCCGGCUUCCUGAUCGUCAAGCUGAGCGACAUGGAGAAAGCCAUCAAUGCGGAGCAAGGCACAACGAUCGGAGCUGCGCGGGAGUUGUGCGCCAACUAUCGCCGUGGCCACUGCAAUCGUGGUGACUCCUGCAAAUAUUCCCACGAUGUGCAAGUGGGUCUCAGCAAAGCAACAAAUGUGGCAAACCUCAUUGCGGAAGCUCAGAAAAGCGCAGCCAACUUGGGCUUCAGCGGGGGCUUCAGCAGUGCCGCCCCUCCAGCGUUGCCAUCUGCCCCGGGGCCGCUUUCUUCGCCGAUGCCGUCGCCGUCGCCGCCGAUGUCGAUGCCGGUGUCGAUGCCCAGCGUGGAGCGAAGCGAACGUCAGGAGCUGCGUGAGUCAAUCCGGUCGCCGCGCAAGGCUUCUCGAUCUGCCAGGAGGAGUCCUAGUCGCCCACGCGUGCCGCGGUCCCGCUCCAGAGACCGGGCGCGGGACAGUCGCGCGCGUUCGCGAAAUCACCGUGGCCGCGACAGUCGCGAUCGGAGACCCCGCGCCCGGGACAGCCGCAGUCGCGGCAGGCGGCGAUGAAGGUGGCUGGUUCUGUAGCUGCGAAUCUGAUAAUCCUUGGGAGAAUUUGAG